GUGUGGAAGCUAUCUAUCUGCUUCUUGAGGGGAUCAAAGGGAAAAGAAAAUAAAAAUCAUGGCUUCCAAUUUUUGGACAUCAACGCACUACAAAGAGCUUAAAGACCCAGAAGAGAUUAAUGUUGUUCAUCCACUUGAUGCUCAGAGAGGCAUCUCUGUUGAAGAUUUCAGACUCAUUAAGCUUCAUAUGUCUAAUUAUAUAUCAAAACUGGCACAGCACAUUAAGAUUAGGCAAAGAGUUGUUGCAACUGCUGUAACCUAUAUGCGCCGUGUUUACACAAGAAAGAGUUUGACAGAGUAUGAGCCUAGGCUUGUUGCUCCAACCUGCUUGUAUCUGGCUUGCAAAGCAGAGGAGAGUGUGGUGCAUGCCAAGAUUCUUGUCUUCUACAUCAGAAAAUUGUAUGCUGAUGAGAAAUUCAGGUAUGAGAUUAAAGAUAUUCUGGAAAUGGAGAUGAAGAUCUUGGAAGCAUUGGAGUUCUACCUUGUUGUAUUCCAUCCAUACCGGUCUCUCCCUGAGUACUUGCAGGAUUCUGGACUCAAUGACACAAGCAUGACCCAUUUAACUUGGGGUCUUGUCAACGACACUUACAGAAUGGAUCUCAUCCUUACACACCCGCCUUAUCUCAUCACCCUCGCUUGCAUUUACAUUGCUUCUGUGUACAAAGAGAAAGACAUAAAGACAUGGUUUGAAGAGCUCUCUGUGGACAUGAACAUAGUGAAGAAUAUCGCAAUGGAGAUAUUAGAUUUCUAUGAAAACCACAGAAUGUUCACUGAAGAGAGAGUUCACGCCGCCUUCAACAAGCUUGCCACAAGUCCAUAA